AAUGUCGUGCCGCAUUAUACAUAGUGUUUCAUAUUUGCAUAUUAUCUAAUCAGUCAAAUUAAUUUCUCCUUUAAUCUAAGUCUAAAGAUAAAUAUUUCUUGACACGGAAUCUUGUAUCCAAGUAUCUAUAUUUUUCGAAUAUAUAUGUAUAAUUGAAACGCUCGUAGAUAUAUAAGCAGAUCGAGCUUCCUAAAAUAGUAACGCUGGGAACACCCUAUAUAAAUGCAUUACUGCACAGCGCUGCAAGCUGCAACCGCUAUAAGCACGUGAUAUUAACGUCGUCGACGAUGCGUCACGCGUACGGUUGAACAUAAUUUUUUUUUACGAAAAUCAUUAUGCAGGCGCGCUGCGCAUUCGUCGUUCGUUUCGCGAGUGUAUGACAGUAAUCAGCUGAUCCGCGGAGACCGCCUCCGCCUUUCGUUCGCAAGCGUCGUCAGUUUCAGCUCAAGCGGCAUAACCUCAAAAGUGCGACAGAGAAUGUGGCGGGUGUCGAGUCGAAUUUCGUACGUGAAAUGCACGCGGUGACGAAUAACGACGCACUUUUUAUACGCCUCGCGACUGCCUUCGACGUCGUCGUCGCGGCGCGGAAUGACGCGCGUCGCGAUCGAUGCCAUUAUUAAGGAGAAUUAUUUAUUAUCGAGGCUUGUGUAUGUGCUACAUAACUACAUAGUUGCGAUCUAACCUACUACCGAGGCUAAAGAUGCCAAUUCAUAUCGAUGCUUGACGCUUAUUUUCAGUAUUAGGAAAUCACAUCGCGUGACUAAAAAUAAAGCUGUCAAAAAUUCAUUUUUGGUCAUGUGACGUCUUUUACUAAAAAUGAGCGUCAGUGUGAAAGGUCGCGUUGACAGGAACGGAUUUCCUGUUUGAUGUGCCGCCACGAAUGCUCCGAUCCGCGUACACGUGUAUGAGAUUCUCUUGUAUUCACAGGAAUUAAAUAUGAAUCAGAACGGACGUAGCGCGCGUCUCGCUGGUAUGUGAGUUGUAUAAAAUACGUGUAUGUGUGAAAUAUUUGACGUUUACGACGAACAAUCAUGGAAGUUGCAACCGCGAAGCUGGUGCAGUGGUUCAAUGAGCUCAGAUCCCGCGUGCAUCUUUAUCUGCAUGCCCAGACCCUUGGUCCGGCAAGGGCAGAAAGUGGCUCGCAGGGUGACGACCAACCACCUACGCAACACAAUGCUGGUGAAGAAAGGGUCAUUUUUGUCAACGCACCUCAUCAGCCCGCAAAAUACAAAAACAAUCACAUUACAACUGCGAAAUAUUCAUUUGUGUCGUUUGUACCUUUGUUCCUAUUUGAGCAAUUCCGUCGUUACAGCAACUGUUUCUUCCUGUUCAUCGCACUUAUGCAGCAAAUACCAGACGUGUCUCCGACAGGACGCUGGACAACAUUGGUUCCACUGAUUUUCAUCCUCAGCGUAUCUGCUUUGAAGGAGAUAGUUGAAGAUGUUAAAAGGCACAGAGCGGACGAUGAAAUAAAUAUGAGAGAAGUGGAGGUACUGAGAGAUAGACGUUGGCAGUGGAUUCAGUGGCGCGCAGUGGCUGUCGGCGAUGUGGUUAAGGUCCAUAACAACACUUUCUUUCCCGCUGACUUGGUCUUGUUGUCGUCAUCGGAGCCGCAGAGUAUGUCCUUUAUAGAGACUGCCAAUCUGGACGGCGAAACGAAUUUGAAGAUCCGACAGGCCCAUCCCGACACUGCCAGUCUUUUGGAUACCGCGGAAUUAAUGAAUUUUCGCUCCAACAUCCAGUGCGAACCGCCCAAUAGGCAUCUAUACGAGUUCCACGGAGUCUUACGAGAGACCAAUAAGCAGAGCGUAGCUUUAGGGCCUGAUCAAUUGUUACUCCGUGGCGCGAUGUUGCGGAACACACAAUGGGUAUUCGGCGUAGUCAUAUACACGGGGCAUGAUACGAAACUCAUGCAGAAUAAUACCGCGACAGCGCCGUUGAAACGAUCCACCCUCGAUCGGUUGAUCAACACGCAGAUACUGAUGCUAUUUUUCAUACUUCUUCUGUUGUGCAUUCUUUCCGCGAUAUUCAAUGUCAUAUGGACGAACGCCAAUAAAGACGAUCUCUGGUAUUUGGGUUUACAAGAGGAAAUGACUAAGAAUUUUGCAUUCAAUCUUUUGACAUUCAUUAUUCUCUUCAACAAUUUAAUACCGAUAUCGCUGCAAGUGACACUUGAAGUCGUAAGAUUCGUGCAGGCCACAUUUAUUAACAUGGAUAUAGAGAUGUAUCAUGCAGAUACGGAUACGCCAGCAAUGGCUCGUACGAGUAAUUUAAACGAGGAACUUGGAAUGGUGAAUUAUAUAUUCACAGAUAAAACAGGUACUCUUACGAAGAACGUUAUGGAAUUCAAACGAUGUUCGGUCGGUGGAAAACUGUAUGAGUUGCCAAAUCCUUUAAAUGGCAAUGGCAUGAAUGGCAAUGAAACGAAUGACAAUGGAACAAAUGACAAUGGAAGCACGAGCGAUAGCACUUGCGAAUUAAUUAAAGAUAUCGUUGAUGGAAGAUCCGUACGAGACUCUUCGAAUCCUAUUGAUAAGAAGAAAGCGGAACACGCGGCUGUGCUCCAUGAAUUUAUGGUCAUGUUGUCGGUUUGUCAUACGGUUAUUCCUGAGAAAAUAGAUAAUUCUAUAAUUUAUCACGCUGCAUCUCCAGAUGAAAGAGCGUUAGUAGACGGAGCACGUAAUUUUAAUUACGUGUUCGAUACACGAACGCCUAAUUUCGUGGAAGUUGUAGCUCUAGGUGAAACACUACGAUACGAAAUACUGAAUGUAAUCGAAUUCACUUCGGCCAGAAAGCGAAUGUCGGUGGUUGUGAAAACGCCCGAGGGAAAAAUUAAAAUCUUUUGUAAAGGAGCUGACUCUGUGAUCUAUGAGAGAUUAAAAAAUACUGAAAUUAGCGAUCUUGACCAAGAACAUGUAGAUGACUUUCGUGAUAUAACUUUAGACCAGUUGAAGAUGUUUGCUAGCGAAGGAUUGCGGACGCUUUGUUUUGCCUCCGCGGAAAUACCUGAAAACGUUUAUCAGUGGUGGCGCGAAUCGUAUCAUAAAGCGGCGAUUAGUAUAAUCAAUCGCGAAAGCAUGCUGGAAGAGGCUGCAAAUCUCAUUGAGACUAAACUCAUAUUAUUAGGAGCAACUGCGAUCGAGGAUCAACUGCAAGAUCAAGUCCCGGAAACGAUACAAGCUCUUUUACAAGCUGAUAUCAAUGUCUGGGUGUUGACAGGAGAUAAACAGGAGACCGCCAUAAACAUCGGUUACUCGUGCAAGCUAAUAACAAAUGAAAUGCCUCUUUAUGUUAUCAAUGAAUCUUCUUUGGACAAAACGAGAGAAGUUAUCAUUCAACGCUGCCUUGAGUUUGGGAUUGACUUAAAAUGCCAAAAUGAUGUGGCUUUAAUUAUAGAUGGUAGUACGUUAGACUACGCUCUAUCUUGUGACAUUAGGAUGGACUUCUUGGAAUUGUGUUCAGCUUGCAAAGUAGUUAUCUGUUGCAGAGUGUCACCGAUUCAAAAAGCUGAAGUGGUUGAUUUAAUCACGAGUAACAAGAAGGCUGUGACUCUUGCAAUCGGAGAUGGUGCGAACGAUGUGGCUAUGAUACAGAAAGCUCACAUUGGCGUCGGUAUCUCGGGUGUCGAAGGUCUCCAAGCAGCUUGUGCCUCUGAUUAUUCCAUUGCACAAUUUCGUUUUUUGAAACGUCUAUUAUUCGUUCAUGGUUCUUGGAAUUAUAGUAGAAUGUGUAAAUUAAUCUUGUAUUCGUUUUACAAGAAUAUUUGUUUAUAUGUUAUCGAAUUAUGGUUUGCUAUUUAUUCCGGUUGGUCCGGACAGAUCCUGUUUGAAAGAUGGUCCAUUGGACUUUACAACGUUCUUUUCACCGCUGCGCCUCCAUUAGCUAUGGGUCUCUUCGAUAAAGUGUGUUCCGCAGAAACUCGUUUAGCACAUCCAGGACUAUACGCGACAAAAAAUAACGGCGACUCGUUCUUCAAUAUUAAAAUAUUUUGGAUAUGGAUUAUAAAUGCGCUAUUUCAUUCGGCAUUGCUUUAUUGGUUGCCGCUUAUGGCUCUCGAACAAGAUGUGGCUUGGGGAAAUGGCAGAGACGGCGGUUAUCUUUUACUAGGAAACUUUGUCUAUACCUAUGUUGUAGUAACAGUAUGCGCGAAGGCAGGUCUAAUAAUAAACUCGUGGACAUGGGUAACUCAUUUAGCAACCUGGGGAUCUAUUAUACUCUGGUUCUUAUUUAUUUUUAUAUAUAGUAAUUUUUGGCCCGUCUUAAACGUCGGCGCUGUGAUGUUAGGCAAUGACAAAAUGUUAUUUACUUCGCCUGUUUUCUGGCUGGGACUUAUAUUAAUACCAACGGCAGUAUUGCUGCUAGAUGUUACAGUAAACGCAGUAAUGAAUACAGUUUGGAAAUCGGUGACAGAAGCAGCUCGAGAAAAUGAAAUUAGGAAAUCCGAUCCUGGUGCUGUAUUCAACAAUCAGGAUUACAGAAGCUCAUUGACGGAAACGGCGAGGCUGCUGAAAAACGUUAAAAGUGUUUUCACCAGGCGCUCGAACGCCGCCUCCAGAGUCAAUGUCGAGGUGGAGCUAUCACAUGGUUUUGCGUUCUCCCAAGAGGAAGGCGGUUCGGUAACCCAGACGGACGUGAUUAGAGCCUACGACACGAAUCUUCCGAAACCCGGCGGCAUGUGAUUUAAACGGGACAGCCGCCGUGCGAGAUGAUGCCGGCUGCUCUUUCAAGCGGCCUGAGAGAGAGAGAGAGAGAGAGAGAGCGUUUCGCUUCUGCUCCUUUUUAUUCGACUGACAGUUCCAGGAGAUCGUCAGAUGGAUCGAUAUAUCCGACACGAAUCAAUGAUAGGCUUAAGGACGUCGUGAAAACUCGAAGGAAAGAAUUGACCCUUAAUCAAACGCGUUUCGUUAAAUUAAAAUCUAGUAGUCUUCUUGAAUUUUAAUACGGUCUUCUAAAUUUUGAUAGCAAUGGACAAAUUUUUCUGGUAAAAUUUUAUUGCUGCAAAAGAAAAAAAGAAAGAUUAUAUACUUAUAAAUUUACACAUUUAUUAGAUAUAUAUAUAUAUAUAAAGAAGAGAUGCGAUUUAAUUAAGGGUUGAUGACAUUAAUGUUCAAAAUGAAGGAUUCCUCUCUGAAUUACUGCGAUCAAUUUGUAGAAGAGAACUUCGAUAUAUAUUAGCAUGAAUAAUUAUUUUGAUACUCCGUGAAAUUUUAUUCUAAUAUACCGUAGAGAGACCUCUUAUCCUUAAAAAGUAGCGACGUACUCGCGCUGAUUCGACGAUGCGACUGCGUUUCGCCGCGAUGCAUUUGGGAAUGCAUUUCGUAUUAGUGUCAAAGUCGUGCAAAGUCCUAUUAUGCACCGGUAAAACUCUGCUUUUACGUCUAUUCUCGUGGAAUGCGAGAGCAGGACACGCCGCUCUACUUCUUCUAUCGAGAAGCAAAAAUCGUGCGAAACAUUGCGCAAGUGUAAUUGUGAUCUAUGAAUGUUGAUAUAUACAUAUAUAUAUAUUUGUUCUAUAUAUGUAAAGAAAUUUUUUCGUCGAGAGAUCAUUAUUCAGAAGCGCAACUCUCUUUGGAAUUGCAAGUUAUAUUAUCUACAUCUAAAAAAGAAAAAUUUAUAUAUUUCCAAAAUUGAAGAAAGAUUUUGCGAUUGCGAUAUAGUCGAAGGAUUACGUUUGAUUUCGUGCCAGAAAAAGACUGUUUGCCCUUGUUCUAUGUGUAUAUAUAUUACGUUGCUCUUUAUUUUUUUUAAUCGAUAACAUACAUAUGUAUAUCAUUAUUGUAUAUACACGGAAAAUUACGUUAUUCUACGUUAUCUAGUCAGGAUUCGAUACUGAUACCUCUAUCUUUCAGUUCAAAGAUUCACUCUUCCGCCCAUCAUGGUACACUCUAUUUUAAGUUUAUGACUGAAGAAUUUAUAAUAGAGAGAUAUAUAUACAUAUACAUAUAACAUAUGUAAAGUAACAAUUGUAUACACUAUGUUCGGAAUAAAACGAUUUAAAGAGAU